AUCUGCGGUUAAUACCAUCGAAGAAGAAAAUGGAAGCCUUCUCUUCCGCCACAGCUCCGGUGUCUGACACAUGAGGGUUUAACUUUUCUCCCAUUGUGAGGCGCAGCAAAUUGACUAAAGCAUCUGGAAACACCUAGCUGACGACAAUGAAACCCAUUUUGCUCCAGGGCCACGAGAGGUCCAUCACACAAAUCAAAUACAACAGAGAAGGAGAUCUGCUCUUCUCGGUGGCUAAAGAUACAGUUGCCAACGCGUGGUACUCUGUGAACGGAGAGAGGCUCGGGACCUACAAUGGACACACCGGAGCUGUGUGGUGUGUUGACUGUGACUGGGACACAAAGAACGUGUUAACAGGAUCAGCAGACAACAGCUGCAGGCUGUGGGACUGUGAGACUGGUAAACAGCUGGCUCUGCUCAACACCAACUCUGCCGUCAGGACGUGUGGGUUCGACUUCAGCGGCAACAUCAUCAUGUUCUCCACAGACAAGCAGAUGGGUUACCAGUGCUUCCUGAACUUCUUUGACCUGAGGGAUCCACAGCAAAUAGAGGACAACCAGCCCUACCUGUCCAUUCCCUGCAGUGAACACAAGAUAACCAGUGCUGUCUGGGGACCUCUGGGAGAGUUCGUCAUUGCGGGUCAUGAGAACGGGGAGAUAAACCAGUUCAGCGCCAAGUCUGGUGACAUUCUGAAGAAGAUCAAGGAGCACACCAAGCAGAUCAAUGACAUCCAGUCAUCAGUAGAUAACACCAUGUUCAUCACCGCCUCCAAGGACAACACCGCCAAAUUGUUUGAUUCCACUUCUCUGGAUCACAUCAAGACAUUUAGGACGGAGAGACCCGUCAACUCUGCAGCCAUCUCUCCCAUCAUGGAUCAUGUGGUGAUGGGCGGAGGACAAGAAGCCAUGGAGGUCACUACUACGUCUACCAGGAUCGGCAAGUUUGAGGCCAGGUUCUUCCAUGCUGCUUAUGAGGAGGAGUUUGGAAGGGUCAAAGGUCACUUCGGACCCAUAAACUGUGUGGCCUUUCACCCAGAUGGCAAAAGCUACAGCAGUGGAGGAGAAGACGGAUAUGUAAGAAUUCACUAUUUUGACCCACAGUACUUUGACUUUGAGCUGGAGGUGUAAACGGCCAAGCAUCUGGACCUGAUCGCUUUAACUGUCUGGAGUCUGGUCAGCUGAUCACCUCCAGCUUCCUUUAAGAUCUGAAGUUUCAUCUUGGCUUCUGUUUACCUUGUUAACUUCCGAUUCCAAUAAAAAGUCAUAAGAG